AAAAACUCCUAACACUUUCUUUGCCGCUUCUUUCAUUUCAUUUGAGCCAAAACUAAAAAUGGCUGCUGUUGCUGCUUCCAUUUCUUCAACGGGCUUAUUCUCUCCCUACGCUCUCGCUCGCCCAAAAACUCACAACCCUCAGCCUCACAAGCUCUCCAAUUCCAAUUCCAAGAGAAAGCAACCGCUACGAAACCCUAACAAGUUCAAGACCCAAUCCAAUCGCUACAAGUCCCCGCCGGAGCCGAUUGUUCUCUCUCCCGGCGGCGAAGCCACCACCUACACUCGCCUCCCUCCCAAGGAAGAUUUCUCAGUCCCUUUCCUUAAUCUCUCCUCCGUAGUCAAGCUCGCGGACUCCGCCUUGCCGAAAAUCCAGAAUGAGAUUCCCGAUUUGAUUAGCGAAGACGAAGACGAAGUCGAAGAGGAAGGUGUGAAUGGUAAUUUGAAUCUUAAUUAUGGUGAACUUGAGUUGUUUGAGGAUGAUUCCGAUUCGGAUUAUGAUGAAGAAGAAUACGAAUCGGAAGUGGAAGAAGAUAGUGAGGUAGUAAGGUUUAAGAGUGGCAAAGGCGUAAAUGUUAAAGAUCGCGAUGGUGUUUAUAAAGGAAUAGUCAAGGAGGAUGGAGUUUCGGCGAAACUCUAUGUGGUCGACGACGAAGACGAUGGCAAAUCCGUGAAUAUUUAUGACACCGAGGGCGAAUUCGAAGAAGGAGAAGUGAAGGAGAAAGGAGUACCGGCGGUGAUGCGAUGUUUCGACCGCGCGAAAAUCUACGUCAAGGCAGGCGACGGCGGAAACGGCGUCGUCGCGUUCCGCCGCGAGAAGUACGUGCCGUUGGGAGGUCCAUCUGGCGGCAACGGAGGCAGAGGUGGAAAUGUGUACGUGGAAGUCGACGGUUCGAUGAACUCGCUGUUGCCGUUUCGAAACAGCUUGCAUUUCCGAGCGUUGAAGGGGAGCCACGGGCAGGGGAGGUCGCAGGACGGUGCGAAAGGCGAGGAUGUGGUGGUGAAAGUGCCGCCCGGAACGGUGAUUAGGCAGGCUGGUAAAGAGGAGGUAUUGCUUUUGGAAUUGUUGCAUCCAGGGCAACGGGCAUUGUUGUUGCCCGGCGGGAGAGGCGGCCGAGGGAACGCCUCGUUUAGAUCCGGGACUAAUAAGGUGCCGAGGAUUGCUGAGAAUGGCGAAGCCGGCCCAGAAAUGUGGUUGGAGUUGGAGCUAAAGCUGGUUGCAGAUGUUGGAAUAGUGGGUGCUCCAAAUGCAGGAAAAAGCACACUUUUGAGUGUGAUAAGUGCAGCGCAGCCAACAAUAGCAAAUUACCCCUUUACAACUUUACUUCCUAAUCUGGGAGUAGUUUCAUUUGACUAUGAUUCUACAAUGGUUGUGGCGGAUCUGCCUGGUUUACUUGAAGGAGCACACCGGGGUUUUGGUUUAGGUCAUGAAUUUCUACGACAUACUGAAAGGUGUUCUGCUCUGGUACAUGUUGUCGAUGGCUCAGGACUGCAGCCAGAACUUGAGUUUGAUGCACUUCGACUAGAGCUGGAACUCUUUAAUCCUGAACUUUCUGAAAAGCCUUAUGUGGUUGCCUACAACAAAAUGGACCUUCCAGAAGCAUAUGAAAAGUGGCCAUCAUUCAAGGAAACGCUAGAAAAUCGUGGGAUUGAACCUUUUUGCAUGAGUGCAGUGAAAAGAGAGGGCACUCAUGAAGUGAUCUGUGCUGCUUAUGAGCUUUUACGGAAGAGUAAAGGGGAAAAAGAGGAGUUUGAAGGUCCAAAAGAUCUGGUAAAUUUGAACCGUAUAGCUGAGAUGGUAAAUAAAAAGCGAAGUGCCUCUAUUAAUGACUUUGAGAUCCUUCACGACAGCAGUUCUAAUACUUGGCAUGUAGUUGGAUCUGGAUUACAGCGUUUUGUUCAGAUGACAAACUGGCGGUACAUGGACUCUGAGAUAAGAUUUCAACAUGUUCUUGAGGCUUGUGGUGUGAAUAAGUCUCUCAUCAAACUUGGUGUCAAGGAAGGUGACACUGUGAUUAUUGGAGAGAUGGAGAUGGUGUGGCGCCAUUCUGCCAACAUUUCCGGUCUAUCAAAUGUGAAGAAAGAUUCAGUUGAUUCAAUCAAAUGGCCUCAAUGGAAGUAACUCACCUGUGUUCCAUUACUGCUAAUUGAAUGUUUGUAAUGGCAGGGUAUAGCCCAGUUGUGAAACUGAUGUGCUGUGCUAGACAAGGGGUAGAUGAUGCUGAAUGCUACCAAUUUUACCGACACAAAGGAUGAGGUGGUUGAAAGCAUACUAGAGUAGCUAGAAGAACAGAAGUUUUAUGCAGAUGAGUCACCAGUUAGCAUUUCAGCAUGACAUGAUACUGCAUUUUGUAGUGCUUAAUCAUUAAGCAAGAUUCCUGAAGCUAAUGAUCAUUUUGUAAGUUCUAUGCAACGCAGUAGCCGAAGCACACGCAGACACUGGAUGAACAACCAAGCAACUUUAUAUAAUGAAGUUGCUCGAACGCACUUACAACUGCAAUCCAAUUGGCGUCCUUUUAAAGGUUUGUAUUGAAUCUGUAAGAUCAUUUCGUAAAAUAAACGAAAAAAAUCUGAAAGCUUAACGUGUGUAAUAAUGAAUUAAUGAUAUUAUGUCUGUGAAUUACGUACAUCCAAUAGAGUGGUUCAAAUUAUUUUCUUUUA